AGCUCUAAGUUACUCCCGGCGACGGCCAUUCCACUCAACGCCAAAUGACGACCAUCCCCUCCCGUCUCGCGCAAGUAACACGCAUAUCAAGCAACCCGGCCGAGGCACGUACUCGAGUCAUCGACUUGUACAGAGCCUGGGUUCGCGCGGCCCCAGAAAUCGUCGAACUUUACGCGCUCCCCGUUACACCCGCAUAUGUCCGACACUGCAUCCGCCAAAAGUUCGAGGCCAAUCGGCACGUCACGGACCAGCGAGCCAUCGAGGUCCUCCUGCUCAAGGGCAGACAAGACCUCCAGGAGACACUGAAUAUCUGGAAACAGCCGGAUCAUGUAAUGGGGAUACUCUUGCAACCCAACGAGAGACCACAAAGGUCGUUCUUGCAGAAGUUCUAUGAAGGAAGGGACGAGGAUGCUGUCCGACCUGCCGCAUCAGGAGUUGUGUAGACUUGGCGGAGGACUGUUACUUUCCAACUUACCCAACGUGUUGCAUCCCUGAUAAUGAAGCGGUAUAUCCUGGAAGCAGCUCUUCUUGAGUUCCUUUUUCUCGCGUCGUGACAUUACCAAGUACCUAAGAAGGUAGGCGGGCUAUCAUACAUCAACGUUCAACAGUUAGCGCGUGCAACCUCGG